AUGAACACGGCGGCACCAGUGACGAAUGUGACCAGUGCAGUAGCGGUGCCGUGGAUCCAGACCGUCCCUGCGGUGUUCACCAUACUGGGCUGUAUCUUCCUGGCCGCCACCAUCCUCAUCUGUCUCAAUCUGACGUUCUGCAAGGAAUGGUGGGAACGGACCUGCAGCUGCUGUGGAAGAACAGGAUUUGAGAAAGUCGUAGACGAAGAUGAGAUUGAGGGGAGACUGUGGCUACCAGCUGAUAACGUCACCGGGACACAGAACAAAAGGUCAACAGAUAUCUACAAGGUCCCGUUGGUCGAGGAGGCGUGGCAAGAUGGCGGACAGUCGUCCCGUCUGGAUGACGGUGACGGUCACACGGAGGGAGAACUCCGCGGUCUUGUCAUGUCAGCUGGUGUCAAGGGCUCCAGGUUCAGCUUACGGUCAGGGCUAAGACCUGAUGACGUCAGCCCUCCCGGCAGCCGCCCUGACGUCAGAGCGAACAGUACCGAGCUGAUAGACCUGGAGGAGGAAUUCGAAGACACACUUGGACCUAUUCGCCCAGACACAGCCGGCUCCUUGAGACCUGGUACAGUCGGUUCAAUAAGACCGGACACAGCCGGUUCUUUAAGACCAGAUACAGCUGUUUCUCUGAGACCAGAUACAGCCGAUUCACGUAGACCAGACACAGCCGGUUCACUGAGACCAGGCACGGCCAGCUCGCUUCUGUCCGAUCCCGGGCGGACCAGCGCCAGACUGCGGCGGCCGGUCAGCGCGGGGUCGGAGGGCAGGCCGGAGACUGCCGAGGAGAGGUGGGGCAGGAAGCCGGACGGACUCAUCGAGGAGGAGGAAAGGCAGAAACUGCUCGCCACUUUGCCGUUGCGGCAGCGCGAAGAACUGCAGCACGUGACGUCACUGGUGGAGGUGCGGGCUCGGGUGGAGCGGUGGAAGAACAAGAACAGAAUGAAACGUCGUCAUCACAGGGUGGAGCCGGGCCUGGAAACCGUGUCUACGUCAUCGGACACCCUUAGCUCGGGAUCAGAGGACCAUCUACAUAAUGUGCGGGACCAGUGGGCGGGAUCCCGGCACCUGCUGUCCAGUACCACACUGGAGACCACGGACUCAGAAACACCGACACCGGGGUCUACGUCAACUUCAGUUCGGAGUGCACGGUCUAUAGACAUCGAGCCAAGACAGAAUAGUGGUCAUCAGCCGUCUUCUUUCGCAGCAAAGAGUCCUCCAAAAACCUCAACAUCCAACCGUCUAGAGAUCAUAAGCGAAGACGACAGUUUGGAGAGUCGAGUCGGCAGGGUGACGGACCCCCACGUGAGACCUACCCGUACACACGGCCGCGUGUCUGCCCUCUCCAUGUCGGCGUGGAGAGAAUACCGACAGUGGGCGGCGACAGUGUCGGCCGGCCGCCCGGGAGCAGGCGCCUCCAGGCUGGCAGACGACACCGCGCUGCCCAGAAGCGGGGGCAGCCGCUCCUCCACCACCACCACGCCGACUGUCUACCGGUACUCCUUCCGCGGCAGCGAGCUACUGACGCGACAGACCGCCAAGGGGAGGAGCCCAGUCCCGUUCCCAGAGCCGUCUUUAACGGACCUUCCUGAUCUCCUUCCCGGGAGCACAGGCGUCUUAACAACAACGGCGGCGAAAGACACGUUCGGGUGGGUUCAUAACGUCCCGAUUCCUACAGACCGCGUCUCGCCACCUGUCACGGGAGGACGGUAUGGUCUGGAUGACAGGGAGGGCGCGGCGCGGCAUGGGAGGAGGGCUCAGCCAUCUGACAGGUCCACACAGAAUUACACGCCGUCAUUUGACUUUCGUCACUCAGAACAGUCUUAA